AUGAGGGUGGGCAGGAGCGCUCGCCGCGGGGAGGGCAUCCGGGAGCUAGCCCACCGAUGUGAGGCCCCCAUGCGGGGCGGCAAGAUGCGGAGGGUGUUGACAUGGCCGUGGGCGCUGGGCAAGAGCGACCGCGGGCUGGACGUGCUGCUGGACAGGUCGGAGGGCGCCGGGAUCACCCAGAGGGCGGGCGUGGGGCACUGGGACGGCGGUGCGGCGGAGAGAGCCGAUGGGGUGCCCGCGGGCGCCGCAGCAGCGGUGGGCGCCAGGGCAUGGGCGGUCGCGCGCGGGCGCGGCCCGGCGAUGCCCCAGUUCAUCAGGGUCACGUUCGCCGUGGGAUGCCUCUCCCUGGUCUGCCUCCUCGCGCUGUCGUCCAGGAUUUCCGACGGCGGUGGCGGUGCCGUCGGGCUGUUGCGCGGCCGGGACGUCGGGGCGCGGGCCCGGGGCGGGGACCCGUCCCAGGGCUGGGCUGCAUCGGGGAUUUUGUCCAAUCUGCGUUCUCGGCGAGGUGGAAUUGAUGGCGGGGAUGAUCUUCUGGAGACUGCGGGCAGGCACUGGGACCAGCGGCUGGCGAGGAUCGGCGCUGUGGACAGCUUCGUGGAGGUGAUGCGGGCGGGCACCGGCGUGCGGCUGGACAUGGCGCUCAACGUGUCGCUGUGGGAGGACUCUGGCGUGGUGUACAACGACCCCAGGCGGCCGCGGGGGCGGUACGCUAGGGGGCGGGGCACGGGUGGGGACGGCGGGGGGCAGCUGGAGGAGGAGAUUGAUGGCUCUGAUAUGGAAGCUGCAGGGGCGUUCACUACCACAACGUACAAGCCACCCAGUGUGCCAGCAGCCAUCAGCAGCGCAGGCGGAUUAUUGCUGGAUAGGAGUGGGGCUGCAGCACGGUGCCCCACUGGCCAUAUUCGUGUGAUGAUUGCUGUGGUUUCGAGAUGCUGUGGCUCGCUGGCCUUCACCAAUCGCGAUGCCAUUCGCAAGACGUGGAUGGCUGGUGUCAACAGCGAGUACCCCGACUACAUGGAUGCACGGUUCUUUGUUGCACAGCCACCAAACCCUAAGCAGUACACAGAAUCUUACAAUGCCUUGAGGGGCGAGAUCAAAAUGUACAACGACAUUGUGGUCCUUCCUGGGAAAGAGGACUAUUUGGAACUUCCCAGGAAGUCCCUGCAGGUGCUCCAAUAUGCAGUUGAAAGCCCUUGUAACUACACCCAUGUGCUGAAAAUCGACGAUGACUGCUAUCUUCGGGGUGACAACCUGAUGAAGAUGAUUGGAGAGGGCCACAAACAGAAAGAUGGAAUUCCAUCUGAAGUGCCAUGGAUGCAUGAAAUGUAUGCCGGACAACUGCAAGGGGCCUGGGAAGGCGAAUGGAUGGGAUUCUAUCCUGACCGCAACCCAAAGUCCAAGUAA